UAUAUAAGAGACAACUUUUCCAGCCAUAUCAGACAAUUUCACUGAAAGUUAUAAAGUUAUAAAAAUAAUUUUACUCCGUUAUCAAAAAAAAUAAUGAUGGACUUUUUUAAUUUAUCAAAUAUUACAUUAUUUGUAUUAUUAAUUAUUUUUAAAUUAAAUCUGUCAUCGGGAGAGUUAGAAUUAGUUACAAUUCAGAAAGACAAUCCGGCUAAAUUGGAAGAAAAUGGCGAUAAAGCCAAUUUUGUUAGAUUUUACAGCUCACACGCAAUACAAAUGAAUUCAAAUUUAUUGAAUGGAGAUAUAAUAGAUUCCAUUUGUUUUGAUCCAGUUAAAGUUAGAGACGGAUACGUUGCAACUGGCGCGAGAUUUAAAAAACAUGGUAGAGUUCUUUACCUCGAACUUCAACAAGGACCGCUUGAAGGACCUUCAGGAAUUGAGCCUUUAUUCCUCAAGUGGACAGUUUCAAAUAAUUGUAAUUCCUCGAAAAAAAUUGUUUAUGAUCGCCAAGAAGAAACUUAUGAUAUCACGGAAUUGAAAUUAGGCGAUAUGCUUUUGCCAGAUGAUGCAGUUGUUACUGGUGUUACGUUAGGAAAAUCAUUGCGCGGACGGUAUAUUAAUAGAUGGGAUGAAUUUGAUGAUAGUAAAGGUGAAGUUGUAAGAGAUAUUGACGAAUGGGAUCGGAUUUCAUUUCGUGAAAAUAAAGAGGAUACUGACAAAGGUCAAUAUAUCAACCCUUGGAUCGAUUUACAGGAAGUUGUUACCGAUCCAGGUUUUCCUCAGCCCAUUAAUGGAAUCAGUUUUUAUUUACGUUAUCUGCCUAAAAACCAACAAAUCCUGGCUCUCAAAGUUACUUACGCGAUCCCAAACCAUUUGAGAAUGCGUCCUUUGUAAUCCUGUAAUGAAAUUAUUUCUUUUUGGUAACCGAGAAUUACACAGACCACAGUGAAUAUUAUCUGUCAUUGUAAUUUUCUCGCUUUAUUUGAGUAAUAAAAAAAUAGCAGCAAAAUAUACAAAAAUAA